AUGACAUCCCAUGAUAGAGAUUGCAUGGAAGAUGAAUGUGUUCAAGAGUUCAAUGACAUCAGCUACUCAUACAUCACCAACACUAAUCACGCCUAUUAUGGAGCAGGUGAAGAUGACUUUCGUAUAAAGGCAUUGGCCAAACUUGCUGAGUUGCCCCAGGGCAAUCAACCAUUGCAAGAGAGCGACAUUGAAAGCUGCCUAUUCAGUGAGGAGGAUGUUCUGUCCUACUUGCAGAGAUUCCCACCAACCAUGGACAGGAUGGCCGCAAGGGGAGAAAAUCCACUUUCAGAUUACGACAAAGACGACAAAGCAGUUACUACUACUUUUCCACACAUUUUUAUGUUGGGAGUUGCUUACAAAAGACAGCCGGGACGCCUUUCUACUGCACAGCGAUCUCAUCUCCUCAAUCAAUUCCAUCAAUGUACUGCCAAGGACAGGAGAUUGCUGGGUUUUUUCUUUGAUGUGGGUCAGAGACAGCAAGUUGUCGAUGGAGUCAAAUCUCACGUUGAAGGGAACCGAAAAUCACUUAAAGUGAUUGCAGAGCUCUUGAACAAUGGGAAUUCGGAGAGGGAACGACUCAAAUCAGCAAUACAGUUUCCUUACACAAGAGAGAGCAAGAGAGUCCUCAAUAGAUACCUUCCUCACCUUCUAUUCCCAAGCAAGAGUAUUCCUUACAGUGCGCUAGAAGGCACCAAUCUCAAACAUCGUCUUCUUGGUACCUCCUACCGUUACUCGGCGCCAACCUGUUUCCUCACAAUCAGCCCAGGAACAGUUGACAAUCCAAGAAGUGUACGUUUGGCUUUCUCAACCAAAAGCAAUGAAGAAUUUCCAUCUGUCUUUGAAGAAGAGUGUCCGUAUGGAUCUAAUGGUGCUGACUUUGCAGAUGCAAUGAUGGGGACGGGAUCACGAUCUGGUGAAAGUGGUUCAAGCCCAGCGAUUAUUGCAGAGGCAACUGUUCGGCUACCGAAAUCAAAGAGGGCCGAGAUGUCAAUAGAAAACCCGGUUGCUUUCGUUCAUGAGUACAAGAUCUUGCUCAAUGAUAUUCUCACCAUACUCAUUGGGGUCAACAUAGAGGGCAAAGGCUACUACUCGAAACUUGAUUGUCGUUCGCGCCGUCGAACCACGUACUACAAGUUGCGGAAAGGUAUAUUCGGACAUGCAUUCUCUGCCACUGGGGUGACAGAAGCCCAUGAAAGAGGUACCCUGCAUUGGCAUUUUAUAGUCUAUGCAGGUCUCUCUCCCUUUAUUCUCCAGAGAUUUGCUCAUCUUCAAGAAAUUUGUGACGAAAUAUCGGCGGUUCUAGAUACGAUGUACGUAUCUGAGGCCCCUGCAGAUCUGCAGGUGGGAUCCAUGCUGCGACGCUUUUUGAAGACAAAGAAAGCUUCCUUCUUGCUUUCUGAUAGCAUUCUUGACUCCAUUGAACCGAAGGAAACAUUGUUAGAGAGAAAAGAUCCGACAAACAAGCUGAGUCAGCCAUUCAAGUCAGAUGAUGAACUAUCUGAGACGGGAGAGCAAAAAAAGGACAGUUCGUCUGGUAGAGACAUUCAGAGGGAUGUGGAAAUGGAAGGGGAAGAAUGCUCUCAGAUUUGUGGUCGAUUCUCCCCCCCUCAACCUCCAGGGGAUACAGAAUCUAUUGGAUCUUUUUCUGACAGUCCGGCAAAUCAUCUUGGGGAAGAAAAUGGAUCCUGCUUUGCAAAUUCCUCUUCUGAAUAUGAUAGCCCUUGCACGGACGGAAUUGUAUGUGAUGGUCUUCCCACACUUGGAUGCAACGAUGACGACACAUGUGACUCCGUUAAGUUGGUUUCCUCCGAGCAAGUAAAUCGAGUCGUUGGAUACCAAGCCACCAACAAGAACUUUCAUUCCCAUCAACUGACAUGCCAUAAAGGGAGCCAAGGGAAGAUUGGAUGCAGGCUUUGUUGUCCAUCAGCCCUUAUAGCCAAUACAUCUGCAGUCAAAUUGAGCCAACGGGAAAAGGUUUGCACCAACCAGGCACCUGAUGGGGCUCAACCACGCGAAGAUAGACCCCGUGUGUGGAAUUCGACUCCGCCGACCGAUCAGUGGGGCGAUAACGGUUCACCGAAGCAUCAUCUUGUAGAUGUUUUGGCCAAGUCAAAACCAGAGGAUUCCGUCAUUGUUUGGGAGACCAAACGGCCAGAAAUACCUCUUGGUGGCUUUGCGCUGGAACCAAUGGACUUUGAGGAUCCAAGGGCCUUCAUUGUUAAAACAUUCAGAGAGCUCCUAGGUCGUGUACCCAACUACGGCAAAGACAAUAAUCUAUUCUGGAAUUGGAUGCAGUCAAUUGCAUCGGUUGAUCAGCUGGUCGAGAUUUUCCUGCACGUGAGGGAGAAAUUACCUGCUUCAAAUGGCUUCAUAGCCGCAUUUAAUCCUGUUCUUGCCCUUUGCACUGGAUCCCACAACAACGCAUCGCUUCUAGGCAGCAUUGGCCAGGCAAAAAGUGCAUUAUUUUACCUGAUUCCGUACCAAGGAAAAACAAAGUUCCCCCUGAUGUCUUCCUUGACUCUCAUUGAUCAUGCUAUCAAUCAUAUUGAAAAGUAUCCAAGCAGAGCAUCAGAUUCAGGGACGAUGCAAAGGACUGUAAAACAUCUUCUACAGAGGGUUAUCAACAGAAUUCACCUUCACAUUGAAAUAUCAGACUACCAGAUAGCAGCUGCGCUUUUGGAACUGCCCAGCAUGAUCACGUCUGAUACUUUUGCGUAUGGAAACCCACUCUCCAUCCGUGCCUUAAAGGCUAAGAUGGAUAUUGAAGAUCUUGAGCAGAUUAGCAACCAGCUUCGACCAGAUGCAAGGCAAGCCGGAAAUCAAGUUCAAUUCCCCAUAACUACUGUUCAAGAUAUGCAGCAGUUGAUGCAGGAUGACUUGGAUGAUGUUGAAGGGCAGUCCUUUCCUUCGGUUCCUGAUAAUGCAAACGAGAUAGUUGGGAUGAACAAUGAUGUCAACGCUGCAGGCGGUGAAGGGGUAGUGGCCGACGAAUCGGCUUUAGAUCCUUCCAUGCUCACCACAAAUCCGUCACUCCCAGAUCCUGGAGAUAUACUCCAUGGACUUGGUUACAUUCAGAAAAUCAACACAGUUCUUUCGACUAAGGAUCAGAAAGCUGAAUCUGUUUUUGUUCCAGCAACUGCACUAUAUCUCUACCGGAACAGAAGCCUACAUGACCUAAAUUACUACGAGUACAUGGCUUCUUUGUCCUUCGUCAAUAAAAAACCAAGGCAAACUGAGUGCAAUCUAAAGGAUGUGCACGCACAAGAGCAUUUUCCGUUGGAGGAUGGUUUUAUUGCUCCACAUACAUGCUACCAUGUCAUUGGACACAAGCUUCGGACGCCAUUGAUUAUUGGCAAGCUGCCUCGCCACCCGGGGAAACUACCACCCCCUUCAGUACCAUCAAAACUGGCUCUAGCCUGGAGAUCAAAGGCCGACUUCUUUGCUAAAUUUUACCUUUCAUUGUUUCGUCCGGAACAUGCUAGCUCCUCUUAUGAGUACACAUGGGAGCACCUGCAGAGCUUUGUUGCACAACUGCAGAACGAUUCCUCUAUUAUCAGCAAGUUCAGGCUUAUGGUUAUGCAUCAGCACAUGUCUGGGAUGAAAACAUCAGAAGUUGUAAAGAAAAUGACAUUGCAGUAUCGAGGAAGAAACCGUGACCUCUGGACCAGGAAGCAGCGCUUGGAAUUUCAGAAGUGGAACAUUCACAAUGAUACAACUCGAAUCGACACACGGCAACCAUUCGAUGAGAAAUACAGAACACCAGAUCUUCCUCAAGCAACCAUGAAUCGGAUGUACAAGCGACUGAAUCAUGAUACAAUGCAGAUUCGUGCAGUUGGACGAGGAAACGUCUCCAAUCCACGCCAGGGUGACAAUGGUGCAUCCGUGUCCGCACAAGGAAAUACUGUCAGCUCAUACACAGUAUCGGAACUUCAAAUCUGCUAUGAUGAUAUGGUUAGUUGGAAGAGGACUGAAGAGGACCACAUAGGAAAUGGGAUAUCUGGAUCUGUGAUCAGGGGAAUUGGGAGUUCCUUGCCACUUAACCCGACUAACGCCCAAAAGAAGAGAGCAAUUGCAGAGAUUAGAUCUCUCAUAGACACGCGUCCUCGGGGAGAGCUCAAUCAACAGUUGCAGUUGUACAAUGCCUUUGCAGAUUCGCUUCUGAAAAACAAGCCCCUACACUCCAGCAUGCCAUCCCUUGUCUUAGUGCAUGGACCACCAGGAGUAGGAAAGUCUCACAUUCGCAAGUCGAUUUCAGAUGCAAUCGCUGCCAGUGGGGGUUACAAUGACAAUACGGCAUUUAACUCGAUCAAUGCAAUAGAUAUGGAAGGAGGAUGCACAACAUGCACCGAUACUGGUUUCAACUGCAAGUAUCACUUCAACCAUGUUGGAACAUUCUUGCCAUUGACCGUUCGUAAGGCCAGAGAAAAAAUUGGAUCUUGUGCAUCAGUUGAUGUUACGAAUCACAUUGACGAAAUCGGAACACAGGCUCCUGCCCAUCUGGCUCGGAAGGACGCCCUGUGCAAGUUGUUGUCAACGAGUGAUGAUCCCUUUGGAGGAAGACAGACGAAUCUAUACGGGGAUUUGACUCAACUUGGUCCCGUCAAAGCAGGUUUGAGCCUCACUCAGGCCGUGAUGGAUGUGUUUGCAAGUAAAUCAAUCAGAUCCAAAAUAGUCAUGCCGGGCAAGAAGAAAAAAAGUCCAACCUCAAUGAAAAAUGGAGCGAGAACGAUGCUUUCCGGAGAACCCAAAUACCAGCCAACCCACCCUUAUCUUAUCGGAACGAAACUUAUGACAUCUGUUCGGUGGUUCGAGUUAACUCAACAGCAAAGGGCUGUCAGUGAUCCCAUUCAUAGUCGUUUUGUCGAGAAGCUUUACAAGGGCUUUCCUCUGACUCAAAUGGACUUGAAAUCACACUACAAGCUUUUCACACCAGAAGAAGCCAUAUCAGAAGAAUGGAUUCGAGCUCCCGUCAUUGUGGCGACAAAUAGAGAGCGGAUAACUCUCAUAGAGGAGAGAGCUCAGCUAUUUGCCAAGUUCUAUGGGACCCAUGUGAUUAGAUGGCCUCGAGACAAAAAAGAUUGGGAGCAGCAGCCACCCGAUGUAUUUCGAACGCAAGCAGAGGAUGAUCCAGUCUUUUGGGAAUACUUUGUAUUCGAUGCUCCUGGUUUUCUCAAUGAAACAAUUCAGCGGGAUUUGCAGUUGGUGAAUGCGCUUCCUAUCAAAUGCUAUGAUGUCCGAUUCUCCAAUGACAUGGAAUCCCUGCUCAGUCAUUUGAAGACUGUAGUCCCGGUUGGGGAAGUGAUUGAUAUGCCCAUAGCACCUGAGUGUGUAGUGGUGGAGCUUAUGCUCCCACAUCAUGUGGAUGCAGUGGUUCUUAAGGCACUGCAAGAGAUGUCUCUGGAGCGACCCAAAAGAACGAGGAACAAUCACAAAAAGAACAAACCAAACAGAAUCCUCUUGCCCUUGCGUUCGAUGUCUUGCUCAUGGGAUUCAACGCCAACAGUUAUCAGGGGCUCUCACUGCUUCUUGCCAUCCAGAGCAGUGUUCCGUAACCUAUAUCCAUUCGAACUUGGAUUCGCAAUCACGGUGCACAAAUCUCAAGGGAAAACGCUCGAUCGGGUUAUCAUAGCUCUCUCUUCCUGUGGCUUGCACAACUGCCAAUUCACGUUCCAACAGCUACUGGUUGCGUUCUCUCGGGUACGCUGUGGUUCUCACAUUAGGUUACUCCUCACUGGACGAAACGAGGAGGAAAAAUGGCGUUCUAUCCUUUUUGUCAACAAUUUGCGACGGGAUCCUUCGAUCGACUACUUCUUUGCUGGCUUUCGUGAACAACCUAAUCACGGCGAUAUGAACGAAAGUUGGAUGGAAGACGUGUGGUGCCAUGAAAGGGCCAACAGAAGGUUCGAGGAGAUGAUUGAUUCAGGCAAAUUUAAUUGA